AUGCCGGUACCCGUUCGUCAAAAGAAGUCUGUCGAAGUCCACUUCAUUGUCUCUACGGAUCCGACAAAAACCGAUGCCGACACUCGAAAGUUCAUUCGCAGUCAUGUUAUGCUCGGAAAAAACCUAGGUCGUCCGAGGCCCGAUAGGAGGAAGAAGAAGACCCCACAGGAUCCCAAACAGUCGUCUAAGGAUGCCAAUGAUCCCAAACAGCCAUCUAAGGAUGCUAAUGAUCCAAAAAAAAGCCAGGAUGAAGAGGAUGCCAAAUUAGAUGAAAUAAAUACUAGGCUACUCCUCCGUGGUUCUGUUGCAUCGUACAAGGGGCGUUCUGGCUUACCUCCUAGGGUAGGAGGCGAUUUUACAACCUUGGAAUUCGCAUCAUCUACAUCUCCAAUUGCAAAAUCUUCAAAAAAGAUACUAUUCCCACUAGAACCUGUCAUCGAUUUUAACCACAAAGAUCGACAAUGGUGGGACGCAUUGACGGUCGACCCGGCAUACCUCAACACUACUGCGUUCAUGGCAUAUUCUUACUUUGACCUCAUGAGGGGGCAUCGUUACGGUCCUAUGGUCCCAGAAGCUGCAUUUCACUUUAUACAAGCAGUACAUAUGCUCCGAGAACGAUUGAUAACAUCUGACAAAGGGCUUCUUUUCUCGGACUCGACUUUAUUUUUGGUGUUAUCACUAGCGUUGCACGCACAUACGACGGGCGACGGGGCAACAGCGAGGAAUCAUAUGAAAGGUCUUCGUAAAAUCGUGGGCAUGCGUGGUGGUAUCCGUACUUUUCGUCACAACGAGAAACUCCUGAUGGAAAUUCUGAGAUGUGACUUAGGAAUCUCCCUUCACAGCGGCACUACACCGGUUUUCUUCCUCGACCACCCCUUCUUAGAACCUCUCUACCCGUACCCAGACCACACGCCCUAUCUCACUACCGCAAAGCUUACCCAUCCUGCUUCUGAAAAAUUCCUUGAAAAUGUCUCGCCUCGUUUAGCUGAAGCCUGGACGUUUCUAAAAGGAUUCUGCUAUGUAAUGAAUUCGGCCGCCGAAUCUAAUCGUCGACUUCCACAAUCAACGUUGAUGAACGCAAUGACAUCAAUAAUGUACCGCCUCAUCUCCAUGUCCUUCAAGGAAGAAUCAAUAGACGAAGCAAUACGUCUCGGCCUUCUUUCAUUUUCAUCCUAUAUAUUCCUCCGCUGGCAGGGUGUAACGCUAGCAUACAUUCACCUCCCCUCGGUAUACAAAUCUUCGUUAGUGAACCUAAAUCUUUCGGACGAAUUUCCGCCGGAAAUGAUCCUGUGGCUGUUGAUGGUUGGGGCGAUUGCGGUUUUUGAACCCGAAGAUGAUUUGUGGUUAAAGCCGUGGUUAAGGGUUAACUUUGAGCUUUGUGGAGUCAAUGGAUGGGAAGACUUGAAAGGGGUGCUGAAGGGGCUGAUGUGGGUGGGGUUUGCGUUUGAUAAAGCGGGGGAAGAAGUAUAUGAGAGAUGUACAGGGGAGGAAGAGGCUCGGUUUACCACUGUCGUCUAG